GUCUCCACAACAGGUAUAAUCUUACAAUCAAAUCGGACCAAAACUUACAAAGCCCUCAGCAUAUUAUGCUGUCAUUGUGUCCUGGAAUGUUUCCACAGGGCGCCUCAACAGUCUCCUCAAUUCUUCGGAAAGGUGAUGAAACUUUCUCGGUUGCAUUCUACCGCACGAAGGCUCGGCAGUUGUUGCAGUUGGUGGAUGCAUUUACCCCAGGUUCUGUAUCCUCCAAAUUACUUCGUAAGCCGCAGCGGUAUGGAAAUUAGCAAGCGUCAGGAAAGCAAAUAUAUAAAGUCCAUUAAGGCGCCUUCUGCCGAUUGCCAUUAGUAUCAGCAGGUUUGAGAGCAUUUCGGAAUAUCACUUCAAAAUGGAAGGUAUGUACGAAUCCAGAAAAGUUCGCCUCACAACUUUUUGGGAGGAGAGAAGAGUCAUCUUCAUCUGCUUCCUCAUCGGGUUUGCUCAGUUUCAGUAUGGGUACGAUUCUGCGGCAGUGUCUGGCUUUCAGAGUAUGGCUGGCUUUCUUCGCAUAUUUGGAUAUCCCGAUCCAACGAGCCAAAUCGGUUACCAGAUUACAACCAAAGUUCAGCGACUCAUUCAAAGUCUGAUGAAUUUAGGUGGGUUGACUGCUGCCCUCGGAUGUUACGCCUUGGGCCCUCGGGCCAGCCGCCGAGUUGGAUUAUGGAUUGCUUGUGCGAUUGGAAUUAUUGCUAUCUCCAUUCAAAUCGGUCCCACAACUAUCGGCGCUCUCUACGCUGGAAGAUUCUUACUUGGAAUUUCUAAUGGAUUCUUCCUCACCUUUUCGGUCACAUAUAUGAGCGAAAUCGCACCCGCACAUCUCCGUGGGUCUGUCGUUGGCUUAGUUACUUUCCACACAACUCUCGGAGCACUCAUCGGCAUUCUCAUUGAGAACUAUACCUCAGAGGAACUCGAGCGAAAGUCCUACCAGAUCCCACUGGCGGUGAUGUAUCCUAUUCCGGUGUUGAUGUCUCUCCUUCUACUCGCCCUACCUGACACCCCUCGAUAUUACAUAUCUCGUGGACAACAUAACGCUGCAAUUUCCUCAAUCCAGAAAACGCGAGGCAUUAGUGACAUGAAUCGCAUUCUUGCGGAAAUCGCGGAUAUACAGAAUGCUUGGGACACGGAGGUGGAGCUACACAAAGAAGCACGACUCAUGGACAUGUUCACGGGGCCAGAUCUUCGCCGAACGAUGAUCACCUUUGGAUGUUCCAUUGGCCAAACAGCGACAGGCGUCCCCUUCUUAGCAGGCUAUUCCGUCUACUUUUAUGUCCAGGCCAAGAUUGGGAGUCCCUUUGUAUGGGUUAUGGUUGGACUCGCCAUUGCUCUCACCGGAAACCUAGGAGCAUUCCCUGCGAUGAGAUUCUUCGGUCGUCGGCCUCUACUUCUCGUCUGCUCCGUCAUAUCUGCACUAACGAUGUUUGGCAUGGGGGUUGCCCACGACGAGGGAACAUCGUUCGCACCAAAAACGGGCAAAGUCCUCGUCGCACUUAGCAUCGCCUUCACUUGGGUUUAUGGAUUCGGCCAAGGCCCGGUGUUAUGGGCUAUAACUUCGGAGACACCAUCUCAACGGCUUCGAUCCCAGACUGUUGGCAUUGCAAACGGACUCAACUUCGUCUUUGGGUGGCUUUGUUCAUUCUGCACACCGUAUUUCCUCAACCCAACAGCCCUAAAUUGGGGGGCCAAGUACGGUUACAUCUGGGGCGGCAGCAACUUAGUUCUCGCAAUCUGGAUUUUUUUCUUCAUCCCGGAGACAAAGGGCAGAAGUUUGGAACAACUGGAUGAGCUCUUCGAAAAGAGGGUACCGACCUGGAAGUUCCCUAGUUACGAGACAAGACACCACAUAGUAGAUGCAGACAAUGUCUUCGAGAACCGGACUGUGGGAGGAACCCCAUAUCACACCGAAAAUGGAAAUGAAAAAUCUGCCCACGCUUCAACCUCAGAAUACGUAUAGUCAAAACUUAUCUUCGCAGCCAACUUGAUUCGACUAGCUCCAGGACAUUCGGGGAAGCAGAAGCGAAUGUAGGAUGGCCGACUUGACUCAGGAUUAUGUUUUGGGGACUUUGCAGUCUUUGCAGCAGGCUUUUCAAUUUAUAUCAAUCAUGCUACAGAAACUCCAAGAGAACUGCCUCUGUACAACCGCAAUAUAGUCCGAGGUAUGGGGUGC